AAUUGAUAACUCCACUCACUCACUUUGUACUAUUUUUCUCUUCUUCUCAAAUUCUACUUCCUUUCUGAAAAAAGAAGAGUCUUUGCCCAGUUCACCAUGACAGCCGUCACACCUCCCACCAUGGUCACCCAAAAACUCACUUCCAAACUGGAUUUCCCUACUGGGUUCACCACAAGUUUCGAUUUUUUGGGCCAUCCCAGGCCACCCAUACGCACCAGGACCUCUCACCUCAACAGCCUACUUCUCUCCGCCACUGACAACAAUGCCGUCUCUCUCACUGCCCCACUCUCACCACCACCAUCUUCCCCUAUCUCUAAGGUGAAACGCCAUACAAUCUCUGUGUUUGUUGGGGAUGAGAGUGGAAUAAUAAACCGAAUUGCAGGAGUUUUUGCUCGGAGGGGUUACAACAUUGAAUCCCUUGCUGUUGGGUUGAACACGGACAAGGCUCUCUUUACCAUUGUUGUGUCUGGAACUGAGAAUGUUUUGCGCCAAGUUGUGGAACAGCUCAACAAGCUUGUCAAUGUCAUCAAGGUGGAAGAUAUCUCUAGGGAGCCACAAGUGGAGCGAGAACUGAUGCUUAUUAAACUUAAUGCAGAUCCAAGUACUCAAACAGAGAUCAUGUGGUUGGUGGACAUCUUCAGGGCAAGAAUUGUGGAUAUUGCUGAACAUUCAUUGACGAUUGAGGUCACCGGAGAUCCUGGGAAAAUGGUUGCUGUCCAAAGAAACUUGAUGAAGUUUGGAAUCAAAGAACUUGCAAGAACUGGAAAGAUUGCUUUAAGACGAGAAAAGUUGGGUGAGACAGCUCCAUUUUGGAGAUUUUCUGCAGCUUCUUAUCCUGAUCUCGAAAGUGCAGUUACUGUUAAUGAUGUUGUGGAGAAAACAAGUCAUUCACCUGAUGACGCCAAUAUAUCAUCGAGUGGUGAUGUUUAUCCUGUUGAGCUGUAUGAAGACUAUAUGGUGAAUCAAGUUCUUGAUGCUCACUGGGGUGUUCUCUACGAUGAAGAUUCAACUGGUGUUCGGUCACACACUGUGUGUAUGAUUGUCAAUGAUUACCCUGGAGUACUGAACUUAAUUACUGGUGUAAUAUCUCGAAGAGGGUAUAACGUCCAGAGCCUGGCUGUGGGGCCUGCUGAAGUGGAGGGGCGUUCUCGGAUUACUACUGUUGUUCCUGGUACUGAUGACUCUAUUGCCAAGUUGGUUCAGCAGCUUUCCAAGUUAGUAGACCUUCAUGAGGUUCGGGAUAUCAGUCACCUACCAUUUGCUGAGCGAGAGCUGAUGUUGAUAAAGGUUGCGGUGAACUCUGCUGCCAGGAGAGAUGUUCUUGAUAUAGCCAACAUUUUCCGUGCGAAAGCAGUUGAUGUGUCUGAUCACACAAUCACCCUUGAGCUUACUGGUGAUUUGAACAAGAUGGUGGCGCUGCAGAAGUUAUUGGAGCCUUAUGGGAUUUGUGAGGUUGCAAGAACCGGAAGGGUGGCACUGGUGCGGGAGUCGGGCGUUGAUUCUGAUUAUCUCCGGGGAUAUCCUCUUCCAUUGUGAUGCUAAAGUUGCUUUCUUGUUAGCCGGCCGACUGUCGUCUUCUGUGACCGUCCUCUUCCCAUCUCUAAUUUUCCCGUCAUUAUGCGACUUUUUCUAGAUGAAGUUGUAAUCUUGGUGUGAUUGAAACUAUCCAUUAUUGUAACAUUGUUGUAGUAUUUUGAUGUUUAUUUCUUAUGUAAUCUUGGUAUGUUCUAUGUUAGUAUGUAAUUAUAUCUAGUGUUGUAUUAAAGGGGAGUUCUCAAGUCUCAAGUAUGAUGGAUUUUGUGGUGUGUGAACGCAACUUCCUAUCUUCUCAACGUUAAUUAAAUAUUUUGAUUAUAA